AUGGAGAAUUCCAUCACCAAUGUAUUCUUCUUCAACUACUCCAAGAAUUCCCAAGAAUCAGAUCACUCGACGCCACCAAGUCUCUCCACGCACUCGCCAUUACGGCCGGCUGGAAUUGCCCACAACCCAUCUUCCUUAACAACAAUAUCAUCUCGCCUACGCGUCGUUUGCCGUUGUGGGGAUGCGGAGGAAGCUUGGAAAUUAUUUUCUGAGAUGAGGUUGUGUGGGUAUGAGCCCACCCAAUUCACGUUCGGGGGUCUUUUGUCGUGCCAGUCUUUGGAUCUCUAUAGAGGGUUUUACUUGCAGGCAUUGGUUCUGAAGAGUGGGUUGCUUUACCCUGAUGCUUUUGCAGGGACUGCAUUGUUGGGUCUGUUCGGGAAGCAGGGGUGCUUAGACGAAUGUCUUAAAGCUUUUGAAGACAUGCCUCGGAAGAAUUUGGUUACGUGGAACACGAUGAUAUCUUUGUUUGGCCAUCACGGGUUUGCUGAAGAGUCAAUAGUUAUGUUCCGCAAGAUCAUGAAGAUGGAAUGGGCAUUGACAGAAUAUUCUUAUGUUGGUGUGUUAUUGGGAUUUUUGUGGGAGCGGGACCUAGAAUUAGGAGAGCAAGUACAUGGUUUAUUGGUGAAAAAUGGGUUGGUUUGCAAUGUUUUGGUUCUAAAUGCUCUGCUCAAUAUGUAUGUAAAGUGCUCUGGGCCAUGCAUAGCUGAGAAAGUAUUUGGGGAGGCUUCUAUCCGGGAUGUUGUGUCUUGGGAUACAAUAAUUGGUGCACUGACAAAAAGUGAAAGUCCAGGCAAAGCGCUAGAGCUGUACUUGAAAAUGUGUCUUGAUGGAGUCUGGUCUAACAGGACGACAUUUGUUAGUGUUAUUAGCUCCUGUACCAGAUCAGAGAAUUUGAUGUAUGGAAAACUGAUCCAUGGUAUGGGAAUUAAACACUUGUUAGAUCGUGAUAUAUUUGUAAGUAGUGCAUUGGUUGAUUUAUAUGCUAAAACUGAUUGGUUGGGGGAUGCACAGCGUUGUUUUGAUGAUAUAGAUGAGAAGAAUGUGGUUUCUUGGAACGCUUUGAUUUGGGGGUACUCGCAGAAAUGCUGUUUCUCCCCUGUUCAGCUACUGUGUGAAAUGAUUCAAUUCGGUUGUCAGCCAAAUGAGUUAUCAUUUUCUACUCUACUCAAGUCAUCCAACACUUAUGUAUCAUGCUCUCUCAUUACCUCAUAUGCCAAAAGUGGUCUGAUAUCCGAUGCCUUGAUUUUACUUCCUGCUAAUGACACACAACUUCCUGUUGUCCCAUCUAAUGUGAUUGCUGGAAUUUACAAUAGGACGGGGCAAUAUCAUAAGACACAAGAAUUGUAUUCUCUACUUGAGGAACCGGACAUUGUAUCUUGGAACAUCUUGAUUGCAGCUUGCUCCCGCAAUGGCGAUUACAAGGAGCCUUUUGAACUUCUUGGACACAUGUGGGUGGCUCAGAUUCAUCCUGGCAAGUAUACUUAUGUUAGCCUCUUGAGUGUUUGCACUAACCUUUGCAAUCUAGCUUUGGGUAGUCCACUCCAUGGCCUCAUCAUAAAAACGGAUUCCAAACGUUGCGACACAUUUGUUUCCAACAUAAUUAUGGACAUGUAUGGAAAAUGUGGGAGCCUCGAGAGUUGUCUGAAAAUAUUCGACGAAAUGGCAGAUAGAAAUCUUAUCUCAUGGACUGUUGUAAUUGCAACACUAGGGCUUCAUGGUCAAUCAUACAAGGCAUUACAAAUGUUCAGAGAAAUGGAAGCAGUUGGUUUUACGCCAGAUAGAAUUGCUUUUCUUGUUGUGCUUUCAACAUGUAGACAUGGUGGGUUGGUGAAAGAAGGAAAGCAACUUUUUAGGGAGAUGAAUAUGACUUACAGGAUUGAACCAGACUUCGAUCACUAUCAACUUAUGGUGGACUUAUUGACUAGAUAUGGAGAUCUGAAGGAAGCAGAGCGAUUAAUUCUUGGCAUGCCUUUCCCUCCAAAUGCCGUGAUAUGGCGUUGA